AUGGAAGGCAACGAUGAUCAGAUCGACGACACCCUUAGAAUUGAAUUGGUCGUUCCGGACCCGAUUCACCUAAGCGGAGGCCCCUUCUGCUCAUACGUGAAUCUGAUGCCCAUAGCGUCGGAAAAGGAGAAGAAAAGCGACUCAGUCACGAUCGAUUUCAUAUCUAUUAAUUUGUACGGAGUUGUUAUACAUGAUUCUAAGCUGCUAAGCACCUCAAAAUUCCAAAGCACACUCCACCUUAGAUUUCUACAGUCGGAACGAGAGGAGCUUCAGCAUAACCAGGACCUGUCGCUGAUUUUCUUAUCAGAUCCCGUGGUUUUUUGUACCUCGAGGGAGUUUGGAGCCAAUUUUGAGCAGUUGAGAUAUCGCUUCACCAGCCUACUGCCUCCGUUCCUGCCACCUUCCUUCGCAGGGAAGCAUGUAUCAUACUCUUACUUUGUGUACCUCUUUGUACAAUAUCGCAACUCGCUAAACGCAAGAGAAACAAAGACUGUUUCGAGGAAGCUGGAAUUUAACAUUCUGGGCUCGAUAUACCAAGGUAGGCAGCCAACAUUAACACAACUUGACCUAGAACUGCCAAUUCUCAAUGUAAAGUAUUACCCUAUUUUGCCCAAAAAGGGAGGAUUCGACCUGUCGAAGCUCCACGAACUGAGCGAAUCGGAGUGCGUGAACGUGAUUAAAACGCACAUUUCGGACAGCAAGGAGCCUGAGUCAAUUUCGUUUAACUUCAAGUGCAGGGUGAUAGAGGUAUCUCAGGAGUAUUCUGAGGACAACAGGGCCCAGAACUACCUGGUCCGGAGAGACUUGGACCUCGUGUGGUACCUGUGGGACGAGUUUUACGACUCGAGCAACCCGCAGGUAAAGGACGACCUUGCACUCUUGAGCUCUUUCAACACUAUCGUGGACACCUUUUCGAACUUCGACUACGAAGCAGACCUGUAUAAAAUAAACAAGUACAAAAACUGGUUUGGGAACUUAUUUCCCGAGGAGCUCCACACGAGGGAGGACCUGGACUCCGAGAGCAUCAGCAUGCUCCUCAGCGUUUUCCUGAAGAAGCUGGAGCGGCGCAUGUGCUCGUACUAUAAAAUUAAGCUGGAGGACCUUAAAAGGGACACGAUUAAGCCGAAGGACAACUCACUCGCUCCCGCAGACGAAAUCAUCACGUUCACGAUUGACCGGAAGAGGCUGUGCACCUUCACGAUCUCAGGACUGAGGCCUAGCGACGAGAGAAACGUCCUGGAGAUACCGGCAGCCUCCUGGUUCUCAGUCCACUACGACCUGGCAAAUUCGAAAAGGCCCUGCCUGAAGAUACAGUUGGCCCUCCAGAGGCUGGAGUCGCACGAAAACCACGUUAAGCUCAUAACGUCCACUGUGAUCGAGGAGUCGUCAAUAACGCUGGGAAAGCUGAAGGGGUCAAUACACUGUUUCAUCCCCGGCACAGUGGUCCCCUCGUUCAGAAACUCGUUCCUGGAAGUUUCCUACAGGAUCGAAGUAAGGUUUUUCUACCUGCCGGAGCUGGUGGACAUAUUUGAUCAGAAUGCGAUAAAGUCCCGACUCAGCAAGCUGAAAACGUUAGAUUGGAAGUGGCGAGUGAGGAUACUAAGGAGCACAAGCGCAGGCCUCAUGCUGGACGAGCUUAGUGACCUCGAUAAGAAGCAGGAGCUAGAACACUCAACCGAGUUCUCAAAAAAUAAACUCUCCUCCUUCAUGUUUACCAAUAAGUCACAGCUGUACAGGGUUGUUAAAAUAUAA